UCGAACGAGUGAGUACAACAACUGUCACAUGAUUUUCACCUGACUAAAAUUUUUUGUCGCGAAAAUUUUCACUAGUAGAAUUUUGUAAAAUUAAUUUUUUCCAAAUUUAACAAGUGAAAUAUAAUAAGUAAAUUGUUAGUUAAACAAAUUACUUCGUGUUUUGGUAUAAUCUGCGCUUAAAAUAAUAAAAAAAUGAAAAUCUGUGGUCCAAAGUUGUCACUCUGUGGCUUAAUCAUUUCUGUAUGGGGAAUCAUACAAUUGGUGCUUAUGGGUUUAUUCUUCUACAUACACAGUGUUGCACUAAUUGAGGAUUUGCCCUUGGAAGAAGAAUACAAGACACUUGAGGAGUUCUAUGAUGCCGCAAAUACUGCUUACAGUCAGGUUAGCUUAGAAAACUUAAAAUUGGUUUAACAUUAGAA